UUGCUCAUGACAUGUUCGGAAGCGCCGGAAAUAUCGACUAUGGGCGAACUAGGAACUCUGCUCUCUUGGAGUCCUGCUCAGGUUCACGCCUCCACCAAUCCUGCAAUUCGUGCCCCACCGCCCAUUCUCCCUCCACACCACUUCUAUAAUAAACACCUCCGCCGAGAGCUUAUCUUAAAACGCGUGUUGUCGCUGCCGUUUCUCGUCGAAAAUUUGUCUCAAACGGCUACUAAACUUGUCGACAGUAUCACCGCCGAUGAACUUGGGGAGGUUCCUACGACAGAGCUUUCAACACACCUUCAAACACGCCCCCGAAGGGAGAUUGCCGGCGCGGACACAAUUGCGGAUUACUAUUCCAUAUCGAUUGGGGAGGUAUGCACGGCUAUUGCCUCCAAGCUUCUCAUACCUCAAUCGAGAGACUGGGGUUCAAGCGUUUGUUGGGCUCGGUUCACAACCGCUGAUCGAACACUAGCUGCUACCGGUGUGGAAGAGCAUGCAUGUCUAUAUGUUUUGACAGACAAAGAAGACCGCAAUAUCACCCUCUUUCCCGGACACGCUGAGCUCCUGGGCGACCGGCUCUCCGACUGGCAACGAUUAGCAGCAUUCGGGCCUAAACUGGGAACGUGGAUUCACCUGUCGCUUUGUCCGGAAUCGGAGAGGUUGCUGGCCGAUUUAGAUCACUUUCCCGAAACCUCGUUUCCGUAUAAACUCUGUCGGACGGUACAUUCGAGUCAGACGGAAAGCACUUUUACUCGACCUCGCGAUGCCGCCUCUGUGCCGUGGUCAAUACCCGACAAGCUACUUGCUAGUGCUUCGUUUAUCGAUAGCGAGCAGUCGAACAAAAAUCUCCGUCCCAGAAACCAAAGCAGACGAUCUGAGACCACACACAACGAAAAACCUCGCAGUGUUCCCUCUGCUCGUCGGAGACCCCACACGACAGCGCAUCUUCCUUCACCUCUCACGGCUGAAGGAUUGGUGCAAUUGGCAUGGGCUCGUGCGACGGAAAACAACUCAAGUUUGAUUGUCUUCAAUUGCGGCAACUACGAACGCAUCUGUGUUCGUCAUCGUGAAACGCAGACGCUCUUUAUAUCUCCUGUGUUUGACGUGACAGCCUGCAAAGACCCGGGGUACAUCCAGCUACAGGUUGGGACUUAUACCGCAAUGACUCUAGAUGCCAUCGCACGGGCCAAAGAAGCCAAAAGAACCCCGGCACCGAUUCGACGCAGCCCUCGAAAAAGGCGGAAUCCAGACCCAACCGACUCACGAGCAAAAAAGCGACAGAAGAUGUCUAUAAAAACGAGGGAGAAACCUUUGCCACCAAUAGCCAUCGCUAGUCAGCGCGACAUGAUGUUUCUCACUUUGCAGUAUGGCAUUCACUGCUCCCCCGCCCCGGCCUCCUUCAUCCGUGCUGCACAGUGUCUUGUGCAUGCAACGAAACGAAAACCAAAUUACAAGCCUCCAAUCAAGCGCUCCUACAAACCUGAGGAGUACUUCGAACUUCUCCUGACCUCUCAGAUUGGUGAUGGGGCUACUGGCGUUGUCCAUAGUGCCAAUCUACGAGUAGUCACGAAGGCUGGAAGCGCUCUCACGCACGACAAUCUCGUCCUUAAAAUCGCAUUUCAGGAACGUCAGCAAGUGCGGAUGCGCCACGAAUAUGCCAUCUACCAACGUCUGGCGGAACAUGGCGUUACAGGUGUGCCGCAAGUGUAUGGCCUUUUCGAAGACUUGGAGGGCGGCGCGAUUGCGCUCCUCAUGAACAACUGCGGCAAAACUAUCUGGGACUUGCGACCUGAUAAAAAAAGGGCCAGGACUGUAAUCACCUCUGUUCAACGAGCUCGAUUUAUCGAGAUACUGACCAGCGUGCACCGUGCCGGCGUCAGACACUGCGACAUACGAGCGGAAAACUUACUCAUCGACACCGAUGGGGAAGCGUUUAUCGUUGAUUUCGAUCGGGGGCGGUUCGAGCCUAGCGAAGGAAAGAAGAAGUGGGAAAUGGAGAUCAUGGAUGUGGUAACGGAGGGUGGGCAUCAUGACUUCUCCAUGCCCAGUCCCAAGUUCCCGGAUGACGACAAGGAGUGGUGGCCACGCUCGCCAGUUCCGACACCGACCGAGGAAUCAGACGAAGAUACCCCCAAACCAAGGAGGUUUUGGCCGGCGACUGAUACUAGUAACGAAGACACUGAUGAGACAGACGAGUCGAAUGAAUCUGCCACUUGA